UGUGCCCGUCCCGUGGCAGCUAAACGAUUAACAGCGCAUGCGCAGUUAACACGGUCGGCGUUUGUGAAAGAUGGUUUUUGUUCGUGUGGAAAAAUAACAGAUUCUUCUACGUUUUUAACACGGAUGCAGAACCAUGCCGAUCUCCUGUUCAGCUAUCGAUUGCUCAAACCGGUUCGCCAAAGGGUCAGAGAUCAGAUUCUACAGGUUUCCAAUCAGCAAGCCUCAGCUAGCCGAGCAAUGGGUACGAAACCUUGGGAGAAAGAACUUUGUUCCCACUCAGAACUCCUGUUUGUGCUCAGAGCAUUUCCAGCCUGACUGUUUCCGUGACUAUAAUGGAAAACUGUUCCUCAGAGAGGAUGCCGUGCCGACUAUUUUCGCAAACUCUGGAGGAGAUGGUACAAAGAUUGAGUUACGGAAAAACAGAGGAGGAUUUGUGGCAAAGGAUGCAAAUGAUUCCAAUCGGUUUAGUUCACUUUCUGAUAAAGACGGAGCCAAACAAAUCACAAAGGACAGAAGACAGCCCGUAAGAGACUCUAGCCUGAAGGGCAGAGGUGUGAAUGACCGGAGACGUGCAGGGAAGCUCUCGUUAGGUGACAGACAGACCCUGUCUCUCAAGAGUAAAGUGUAUGACAGCAAAGGCCUGUUGAUCUCAUGUGGAAGGGAUCUGUGUGACUGUCUAGAUGUAGACUGCAUGGGUUGCUUCUACCCAUGUCCUGAGUGCGGCUCACGGAAGUGCGGUGUUGAAUGCCGAUGUGACCGGAAAUGGUUGUAUGAGCAGGUGGAGGUAGAGGGGGGAGAGAUCAUUCGCAACAAGUAUGCAAAUUAGCUAACUUGUAGGUUGACCAAGAAUACGACACCGCUUCUGAGCACAAAAGACUGUCAAGGGCUUGGUAUAUGGACAUUGCAGAAGUACUUGGUUCAUUUGCUAUAUUGUUUCUUUUUUUUUUUUUUUUUUAAACUUCAAUAAAAAAAAUUUGUCUUAUGUUUUUUAUUCUUCCAUGUUGUUAUCACAGCUGUGUUCAUUUCUGUAAUCUUUCCAGGAGUUCCACUUUCUGUAGUUGUGCUGUAAUGCUGUAGCUGUUUUUCGCCCUUGAGAUUUGUGUUCACACUUACAAAAAUAAAAUCUGAACAUAA